AUUCUCGCUCCCUUCUGCUCUCCAUAUCGCCUUCCGAGGCUGAGCCAGUCCAAAAGUGGCACCAUCCAUUUUCUUCUGAGCAUCAUCUAACGCCUUGUCUCGUUGCUCCGCCAUUGCUUUUCUGCCUGUCUGCACCAGAGAAGGGAUUGAGACGAGGAGGCAAGGGGGAGGUAAAAAAAAAAACGCGACAGAAGAGCGCGCGAGCACGAGAGACGGAGCACCUCGAGGCGGGGAGAAAACGUGCAGCCUUCAUGUUUCAGUUGCCCAUGCUGAAUUUCAGCCCCCAGCAGGUCGCGGGGGUGUGCGAGACUCUGGAGGAAAGCGGCGACAUCGAGCGCCUCGGUCGUUUCCUGUGGUCGCUGCCUGUGGCGCCCGCCGCCUGCGAGGUGCUAAACCGCAACGAGUCGGUGCUGCGAGCGCGCGCCAUCGUGGCCUUCCACACCGGCAACUUCCGCGAGCUUUACCACAUCCUGGAGAACCACAAAUUCACCAAAGACUCGCAUUCGAAACUGCAAGCUCUGUGGCUCGAGUCGCACUACCGGGAAGCGGAAAAGCUCCGGGGCCGCCCGCUAGGGCCAGUAGACAAAUACAGGGUGCGGAAGAAGUUUCCAUUGCCCAAAACUAUUUGGGAUGGAGAACAAAAGACGCACUGCUUCAAAGAAAGGACCAGACAUUUGCUGCGGGAAUGGUAUCUGCAGGACCCUUAUCCGAACCCGAGCAAAAAGAGGGAGCUUGCACAAGCCACAGGACUUACUCCUACUCAAGUGGGCAACUGGUUUAAAAACCGAAGACAAAGAGACAGAGCAGCAGCAGCGAAGAACAGGUUACAACAGCAGGUGUUGACUAACGGCUCGGUUUCGGCGGAGGACGGCGCCGCGGACCGGCUCGGUAACGCGUCCAGCCCGGAAGCCGGCCUGUCAAGCCAAGCUGCUGCUUCCGCCAUCUCCAUCACAUCGAGUGACAGCGAAUGUGACAUCUAACGGCGCGGCACGAGGCUCCCCGAGGGGGCACGACGCAAACAUUAACACAUUAACGGAGGAAUUGGAGGCAGACAAUCAUCAAGACAAACAAGCACAUCGGUGCCUGCCUUAAAGUGUUAAAGGCUGUGUUUCUGUUGUUUUAUUGGAUGGCUGUCAAACCAGCCAGAGAUAAACGGAAUGCUCGAUCUUAAAAAAAAUUGUAUUUAUCUUUUUUUUCUUUCUACCCAUAACCAAGUGUGAAAUACACGAACAGAUUUGAUGGAAUUGAUAAAUGAGAGAGAGAGAGAAAGAGAGAGAAAGAGAGAGAGAGAUCCUCCUGUCCGGGUUCUCAUUUCAUUCAUCGAAAACGGAUGCAUCGGAGAAAUAAUAUGAACAACGCAGAACAUCGUUCUUGUUUGCUCUCAGAAGGACUUCAUGAUUUUCUUUUCUAAGAUGUUUACGUAUUAAAAGUCUUGGCUCUAAUAGAAACGUUGAUUUGCUUGUUUUAUUUGAAGUCCGGUCGUUUUUUUUUUGUUGUUGGUGUGUCUUUGGGCUUUUAGACUGCGAUGAAUAGUGGCCAUAUGUUUCAUUUUAUUAAGAACGUUAAGUUAAUAAAAUGUUUGAUGAUCAAAGACGUAUUGUCAUUAAUACUUUAGGUUAUUAUUAUUAUUAUUAUUAUUAAUAUUAUUAGUAUUAUUAUUAUUAUAAUUGCUGUUAUUGCUGUUAUUAUUAUUAUUAUUAUUAUUAUUAUUAUUAUUAUUAUUGCUGUUUGUCUCUUAAAAUAUAAAAGCAAAACUCGGUCAGUACAUUUUUUUUAUUUUUAUUUUACAUUAUUAUUUUUUUUAAAAGAAAAGAAGAAUCGUUCUAUUAAUAAAUAGUCUUGUCUUUGUCACUGUACAGCCUUGAACUGACCCGAUUACAUGGAAACCGUUCAUGUUAUUUUUUUACCUUAAUGAUUUGCUUGCCAUUUAAAACUACGCAACACAUCCAAUUAAUGUGACUUGAACGCUUCGAGAUACGGGUUUUCAUCAAACUCUUUAUUAAAAACAG